AUGCCUCGUUCUAAAAAACAGAAGAACGCUCCCUCGUCGCGUUCUCAUCGCCGUAAAAUUAACGCGGCGAAACAGUCUGAAACUAUCUUUGAUAUGAAAAUGAAGUUGAAACAAGCAAUCAAAAGGCAUCUCCGUGCGAUGACCGAUCAAGGUAUCACCUUCAAUACCUACCUUCCCCUAGAGGAGCUUAUGUCUCCGUCGAAAAAAACGCUAAAAAAUUUGCAAGGUCGAACCGGAGGAAUGAAGCGUGCCCAGAACGGCUUUAUUCUUUUCAGAAAGGACAACCAAUUUCGGGUACAGGCCGAGCAUCCCGACGUUUCGCAGCCCGAGAUCUCCAAAAUUUUAAAAGGGCGAUGGGCAACGGCCUCGCCUGAAACAAAAAAUAUCUACAUGAUAUUGUCAAGCAUAGAUUUUCAGGCUCAUAAAGAAUUAUUCGGCGAAAAUGUCAACGCCGAAAAUCCCGAGUGCGAAUCUGCGUCCGACAAAGAGUCGACCGAAGAUGCUGAUACCGCACCCUGGAAAAAGUUUGUCACCAUGCCUCAGAUGGUGUUACUGCCUACUUCCGAUAAUCCCAAUUCGGAGAAUUCGCGUUAUUUACAAAGCAUCUUUAGUCAACAUACAACACAGUUUCACGAUGAAAAUAAUGGUCAAGAAACGACCAGUAUUUCGCAAUGCCAUCCCAACAAUUUUUACAAUGAAAUAGCCAAUCAAGAGACCACCACCAUCUCCCAGACGCCCUCUGGCAUUUUUGAUCUUGACCAACAGUAUAAUUAUCUUGCCCAAAGCAUUCAUUACGUUACACCAAUUUAUGACCCGGCGAUGGAAAGUAGCGACCAGUUCUAUAUGCCCUCGAUGGUCACCCAAGCGAUCCCAUCCGAUACACCUGUUCAAGGUGACUUGAACACUCCGUAUACACAAUAUCUAUACUCGGAAAUUCCAUUGAUCGAGAGUGACUAUGUUCACUGGCCACAAUAA